AUGGCAAGCAAGACGGGCAAGACGUUGAGCAAUGCCACUCUCAGUUUACGAUUCAUGCAGAAUGCUCAGCGGGCGAAGAUGCAGGCACAAGUAGAGGCAGAACAGGCCAAGAUCAGGGACGAAGCAGAGUGGGAGGUUUCCAAGGAGGUCAAGGAGGCCUGGGGCAUCAGCUCAAUUUCAGGUUCAGAUAGAAGUGUGACUCACGAGACGUCCUAUGUUCCAUUCCUCUUUUCCUCGGAAGGGGUGGCGGCUGGACCGUCUCGGGUCAGAGGACGCAGGACGUUCAAUCACGGAGAAGAAACUAUACCCAAGGAGAAGAACGAUGCCACCGACGCAGAGAAGAAGGCGCCUGCAGACACCGCAGAACCGCCGCUAUCCACCAAACGUCCCACUUCGAUAUCUGGAUUUAAAGUGCCAGUUUCGACUACUCAAAUGGGUUCCAAGAAGGCACGAAAGAAGACGGUGCAGAUGCUCAUACAUGAGACUCCUGCUGUGCAGCUGCCCUUUUCAUUACCUGCAACACCGGAGACAGCAUCGGCCCCUGCACCUCUCACGACUGGCUUCAUGAAGCCAGCAGGGAUUGAUGAUCCCAUUGCCGGGCCCGGGAGCGCUCCAGCCGCACUCAAGAGGCAAAGAGAGCAGGAUCCAAUCCGAGAUCAUUCGGGAAUGGGUAGCGCGAAGCGGAAGAAGAGCACGAAUGUCUCAUAA